AUGAAUAUUCUGUCAAUCAAUAUUCGUGGGGUUAGGGGAGUCGGAAAGGGGAACUGGAUCAAAGAUGUCCGUGAAUCAAAUGGGGUGGAUUUUUUGGCAAUGCAAGAAACACAAUCUGUGGGGGUGUCUGAGUCUUGUGUUCGUAGUUAUUGGGGUAGAUCGAAGAUGGAAUGGGAAGUGGUUGAUCCGGUGGGUCGAUCGGGGGGUAUCAUUUCGGUUUGGGAUCCGGGGGUUUUUUGUAAAAUUGACUGUGUGAAAGAUCGUAAUUUUAUGUUAAUUAAAGGAAGGAUUAAAGGAUGUGAAGAAAUGGUGUAUGUUAUGAAUGUGUAUGCACCUCAAAAGGUCAGAGAAAAACGUGAUUUAUGGUCUAGGAUUGCUGAAAUAAAAGAAAGGAAUGAUGGUUUGUGGUUUUUGAUCGCGGAUUUUAAUGCGGUGAGAGUGCAAGAAGAAAGAUAUGGGUCAGCACUGAACUACGCGUGUACUCAAAGUUUCAAUUUGUUGAUUGCUGAGUCGGAUCUUCAUGAGUAUCAUAUGGCCGGAGGUAAGUACACAUUUUUGGUCAACGGGGAUAGGGGUGCCAAACAGAGCAAGAUUGAUAGGCUUCUUGUUAGUAGAAACGUGAUUGAAUCAUGUCCAGUGGCGUUGUUUAGUGUUCUGUCCAGAAGAUUGUCCGACCAUAAUCCAAUUUUAUUUGUGGUUCGUGAAAUUAGUUAUGGGCCAGAACCGUUUAGGUUCUUUAGCUCAUAG